AUGCCGAUCGUCGGCGACUUUCAUGGUUCCUGACAGUUUAUCAGGAAGGCAAGUUUCCAUUCUUUCAUGUUCUGAAUGAGCGUUUUGCCGGCGUUAGUACGCUGUCGGAUCCUCUUUCGUGGUGCUCGCGAUCUUUGACGCAACACGUUUGUCACAUUUCAGAGCUAGGUGCUAAUAGUUGGUGCCCCUCUCAAUGCUAGCUGUUCAUCAGUCGUCAGAGGGCGGUAAUGUGAUCGCGAAUUCCGUUCAUUUCCGGAUUCCAUCAAUUCUCCAUAAAAAAUAAUAUUCCACCGCAAAUGAUAAGCGGGCUGCUGAUCGGACAUUUACUGUAGUAACGCGUUGAUAGCAACCUCAUACGUAAAGAGCUGACGUGGUGCAACUACAUUCGGAGCGGCGUUACUGCCACGUCAUCCCGUGAAACACGCAAUCCGACAUGUUCCGCCUCAAUCAGGAUUCUGAUUGGAUUGCUGAUAGGAUUUGAUUGUUGAUUGUCGACGGCUCUCAAGCACCCUCCCAAUGUCGCUUCCGCGAAGAUUCGUCCUUAUCCUGCUGCUGCUCUCAGUGCUGCUGCUAGUCCACCAACCGGCAGCGUCCGCGUGGCAAGGGCACGGAAAUCGUGGUGCUUGUGCGAGCACCCAAUCAGCAUGCCAGGAACACGAUCCGCAAUUAGAAGCAGAUGGCAAGACUGGUGUAGCUGUCGGCGCUGCUGCUGCGUCUGACAUUGCUGCUACUGGUGGUGCUGCUGCGGACGCUGCUGCUGCUUCGGGCGCUGCUGCUGCUCCUAGCGCUGCGACCAGUGACGAUCAGACGGCACAGAAGGAGAGAGAAACGGAGGAGCCUGAACGGGAGAUGGGAGUGAGUGAAUCGGAGCCGAGUGUGACACAAUCAGAGGCUGCGAUAAUGGACGAAGACUCCAGCUCGCCUGAAGCACAAGCUGGUGUGCCUGAAGUGAAUGUGACAGCUAUGAGACUGCAAGUACAGGAGAUGUUCUACCAUGCAUAUGACGGCUACAAGCGGUUCGCCUUUCCGCAGGACGAGCUGAAACCCCUCAGUUGCUCUGGGUCCAACCCCUAUGGUGGCAUGGCGAUGACGCUCAUGGAGAGCUUAGGCACACUGCUGCUCCUUGGCAAUGUGACUGAGUUCAACUGGGGAGUGGACUACCUUUCUCAGCACCUCUCCUUCGAUCUAGACAUACGCGUCAACGUGUUUGAGGCCAACAUCAGGGCGCUAGGCAGCCUCCUCUCCGCCCACGUGCUCAUACUGCAGAGCCGGGACCCCACCCUGCCAUCUGUCCACCCCUCAUUGGCUGGCGUGCACCUGGCACCUGGGUACAACGGCCGUCUGCUGGAACUGGCUAUUGAUUUGGGCUUCAGGUUACUCCCAGCCUUCUCCUCAGGAACGCCCAUCCCCUAUGCAUGGGUGAAUCUGCGCCGGGGAGUGCUGCCGGACGAAGUCACCCACACGUGCACUGCUGGCGCUGGAACCCUGCUGCUGGAAUUCAGUGUGCUGUCGAACCUCUCAGGCAUACCCAUCUUCCAGGUGAAGGCCGAGGCAGCAGUGGUCGCUCUCUACAGGCGCCGAUCCUCCCUGAACCUUGUGGGCAAUGGCAUCAGCAGUGUGUCAGGAGUGUGGCUCCAGCGGGAAUCCACAGCUGGUGCUGGCGUAGACUCCUUCUUUGAGUACCUCCUCAAGGGUUAUCUGCUGCUGGGCAAGGGGUAUCUCCGGCGGAUGUUCUCCAAGAUGUACUCUGGUGCAAUGCGGUACAUGGCGGUGCGGGGCGAGCCGAUGGUGCGCUGGCUGCUUGAUGUGGGUAUGGACAACGGUCACCUGGGCAGGCACUACGCCUCGUCCCUACAGGCCUUCUGGCCCGCCAUGCAGGUUAUUGCCGGGCAGACCGCAGAUGCCCGAGUGAUCCACAGCGGCCUCUGGGCAGUGUGGCAAAAGUUUUCCUUCCUGCCCGAGCUCUUCAGCCUGACUGCCUCGGCCGUUCAUCCUGUAGAGAGAGGUUAUCCCCUGCGGCCUGAGAUGGCAGAGAGUGCGUAUUUCCUCUUCAAGGCCACAGGCAACCGCACAUACCUGGAGAUCGGGAGGGAGAUUGCUGCAGCCCUGAACACAGUCACACGCACAGAGUGUGGCUUUGCCAGCAUUGGCAACGUUGAGUCCCAUCGCCUGGACAAUCACAUGGAGUCAUUCCUGCUCUCAGAAACACUCAAGUACCUCUACCUCCUCUUCUCCCCCCACAUUGACAUCGCCGCCCGAUUCGUCUUUUCCACUGAGGGCCAUCUCCUCUCGCUGAACCUUCCCAGAAUCUUCCGUGUCGUCUGCCCCUCAGAAGGCCACCCGGACACGUCGCCAGCUGGCGACUGCCGAGUGGUUGCUGUCGCCGAGGCGGAGGCCGACGGGGAUGCUGACGCGCAUGCUGAAGUGUUGCCAUCCUCGCAAACUUUCGACGAGUCCCAACCCUCCGUUGGAUCACAUCGUCUACAAUCACAACCGUUGCCUGAGUCACAGCCAUCCCAACUUGAAUCACAGCAACCCUCGUUUGAGUCACGCGAGUGCCAGAACUCCCUGGCCCCCCUGGGCUCUCUAGUAGACCAGGGCUUAGCUGCAAGGAGGCAGCUGGCGUGUGAGGCAGUCGUGCGGGCGUUUCCAAAGGGGGAGCACGGGGGCAAGGGGUGGGAGGUGCAAAGCGGAGGGUUGGAUGCGAAGUCUCAGGCACUGCAGCCAGAUUUUGAGUUUGAGACGACUCAGAAGAAGUCACGGAUAGUGGAUGUGGAUAAAGGAAGCGACAAAGGAAACGAGAAUACAGCGGUGGGGGGAGAGGGAGUGACGGUUGGAAGUGACAAAGAAAACGAGGAGGGCUCUAAGCAGAAAGACGAGGAGGGAAGGGAGGAAAUGGCAAAUCCGGAGAGGGAGACUAGAGAGACAAGAGAGAGGGAGGGGGGAAGGGAGGAGAGGGUGCGGAGAAUCAAGAGGAGGAGGGAAAGGGAGAGGCAGAAGCGAGAGGAGAGGCAGAAGGAAGCGCAAAGAGCAGUGCAGCAGCAAAGGCAGAAGGGAAGGGAAGAGCAGAAGCAGAGGGGGGAAAGUUGGAGGAGCCCUUUAGAGGAGGAGGUGUCUCGCAUUGCAUCCUUCAUCACAUACACGGAGCAGCAGAAGGAGCAACAGCUAGCAGCAGCCGAAGCAGAGGCAGCAGGAGGAGAAGGCGGGGAUGAGCAGGGCACAUGCCCCACAGUAGUGCUGGACAGUCCCUAUCCAAAUGUUGCUGGUGAUGCUGCUGCUGGCGGUGCUGCUGCUGCUGCUGCUGCUGGUGGUGCUGCUGCUGGUGAUGCUGGUGCUGGUGGGGGGCGGUUGGGCGGGGUGGUGUCGCGAGUGGUUGGUAACCAGCGCGUGCUGUGUUACUUCAUGCUGGACCAGUGGAGCGGCCCCUCCUGCUUCGCCUGGAACGCCCUCCCGGCUGCAUUCCCCUACCUCUUGGGAUUCCAGACCCUCACUGUCAACCUCCACAUCCAGCACAAGGGGCAAGCGGAGGCUCCCUGUGUGGUGCGCCUGGUUGAUUUCCCCUCAGUCAAAGAGUCUUCUGGGGUUCUAUCAAAUGUGACUAUAACAGAGCGCGAGGAGGAGAGGGGGGAGGGGGAGGAGGUAAGAGAGAAAGGAGGAAGAGAGGAGGUGGGUGUGGGAGAGAGCGUUGUUGGGAGGGGUAGAGAGGGGAGGGGAGGAAAGGGGAGGGGGCAUGACUUGCGGGAUGCUGCCAGCGUCGAUCUUCCUGCAGGGGCUGCUGAGUUUGGACCUCCUCUGGGGACUGGGGGUGAUGAUGAUGAUGAUGGUGAUGGUGAUGGUGGUGCUGAUGCUGAUGCCGAUGGUGAUGACAACCAAAGGAAUGCAGAUGCUGAUGGUUAUUGUGAUGGUGAUGGGGGUGCUGAUGCUGAUUCUGAUGGGUAUGGCGGUGAGGACGACGAUGACGAUUAUGAUGAUGCCGAUUCUGAUGUUGGUGCCGCUGCUGCUGCGUCUGCUUCUGACGUCAUGGGACGGCAAGUCAUAGACAAUGUUGAGCCUCAACUGACAAGGGCAAAUCCUUCUGAUAUUGGGGAAUGCCUGGCAGCAACUGGGGCAGAUGGUGCGGACGAAAGGGACACCUCAACAGGUGCAGAUGCAGCAGCAGGAGCAGAUGCCACAGAAGCAGUACCAAAUGCAGGUGCUGCAGAAGCAACGACCAGCACCGAUGUCCCCAGCUCCAGCACCACCUCCCCUUCUCCUUCCAGCGUCAUUCUCGGAACCCUCGCGGAAGCUUCUCCUCCAGAAGCAUGUGUGGGGCGUCUGUGGAACCCCGGUGAGGUGGAAGGGCGGGUGGCGGUGGUGAUGCGGGGGGGGUGCUCGUUUCAACACAAAGUGCUGGCAGCGCAGGCGGCAGGCGCUGCUGCUGUUGUGGUUAUCAACCAUGAGAUGGGCGGAGGGGCCAUGCAGAUGGCGCCGGAUGUAGUGCCGGUUUCUGAUAUAGGCACACCUGAUGGUGGGGCGACAGCUCGUGAUAAAGUGACGGAUUCUGAUACAGUCACACCUGACGGUGGGGCGACAGCUCGUGAUAAGGUGACGGAUUCUGAUACAGUCACACCUGAUGGUGGGGCGACAGCUCCUGAUAAAGUGACGGAUUCUGAUACAGUCACACCUGAUGGUGGGGCGACAGCUCGUGAUAAAGUGACGGAUUCUGAUACAGUCACACCUGAUGGUGGGGCGACAGCUCGUGAUAAAGUGACGGAUUCUGAUACAGUCACACCUGAUGGUGGGGUAGUGCCUCGUGGUGAAGUGCCGGAUUCUGGUAGAGUCAUGCCUUCUGGUGGAGUGACACCAGGGCAAGGCAGCACGUCACAAGCAGCCAUAGCAGCAGCAGGAGCAGCAUCAGGGGAAGGAUCAGAAGCAGCAGGAGAAGGAUCAACAGCGGCAGCAGCAGCAGCAGAAACAGCAGAGGGCGUUGCCUCCCGUGCAGCAGUACUGAUUCCGUCUGUUAGCCUGGGCAAUGCAGACGGUGUUCUGCUGCUGGCGGUGCUAAGAGGACAGAUGAGUGUGAGGGAGGCUGCUAGACGGAAGAGAGGAGAGGCUGAGGGAGAGAGUGAGAUUGACAGAGGGGCAGAGAGUGAGGGAGAGAGUGAGGGAGAGCGUGGGGCAGAGAGUGAGGGAGAAGAAGGAAGAAGCAAACAGGGGAACCAUGAGCAAGGAUUUCACACUAACCCAAGGUCGGGGAGCAGCCAGGAGGGAGUGGUAGCAGACGAAAGGAAAGGGGGCGAAGGAGAGGGGAGUUUGGAUGGGAAAAUAGGGAAGGUGAAGCUGUGGGUGAAGCUGUUUUGCCCAAGGAGGCGGGAGGAGGAGGAUCGGCCUGUGUUGUUUGAUGUGGAUGUCAGCGUGCCACCACAGUCACCAUUGCAGAUGCAGCAAGCUAUCAAUGCAAUGCUCAUGCUUCUGAGAUCAGGCCAAAUAAAUCGUCUUUUGCCGUUCGCAUAGAUUGUUAGUACACCAUUUUUGGGACCUCAUGUGGAUAGCCCAAGCAGCAUAUUCAUCAGUCCAACGAUUUUGUGGGAAAGAAUGAUUUGCAUGCAUGCAGGUAAGUCCCUCUCUUGUAAUGAAACGGUUCUAGACGA